ACUCUGCCUCACCAAAUUUCUUCACAAAACAUAAACGAUGUCUUCCAAUCUCUCUAUCAUUCUUCCUCGUGUUCUAAUUGUUUCAAGACGAACCCUUCGUAAGAACAAGUUCGUUGAUUUUGUCGGUGAAUAUCAUCUUGAUCUUAUAGUAGCAUAUGGUGCCGUACCCGUAAUUGUUCCUCGUGUUUCGGGGGUAUGCACGUUGUUAAACAGUUUUGAACCAAUUCACGGUGUUCUUCUAUGUGAAGGAGAAGACAUAGAUCCUUCAUGGUAUGAACAAGAUAACACAACAUGCACUCUUUCACAUGAAGAGUUAGAAGAAAUAAAAAAGCUUCAUUCAAGUGACACAAACAUUGACAAAGAAAAAGACUCAAUUGAAUUAAGCCUAGCAAAGCUUUGUCUUGAAAGAAACAUUCCUUACUUAGGAAUUUGUAGAGGUUCACAAGUCCUUAAUGUUGCUUCUGGGGGUACCCUUUAUAGGGACAUAUCAAAACAGCUUUGGAAAAAUUGUGAGAGUAAUUAUGUGAUGCAUAUAAACUAUGAUGAUUACGAUGGUCAUAGACAUGCUAUUAAGGUUGUUAAGAACACACCUUUGUAUGAUUGGUUUAAGGAUUCUUUGAAAAAUGAGGGAAUGGAUGAGAUUUUGGUUAAUAGCUAUCAUCACCAAGGUGUUAACAGAUUGGCACAACGUUUUGUACCAAUGGCUUUUGCAAAUGAUGGUUUAAUUGAAGGGUUUUAUGACCCUUGUGCUUAUAAUCCAGAUGAGGGUAAGUUUAUUAUGGGGUUGCAAUUUCACCCGGAGCGUAUGAGAAAACCUAAUUCAGAUGAUUUUGAUUACCCUGGAUGCCCAUUUGUUUACAAGGAAUUUGUGAAGGCAGUGAUUGUUUAUCAAAAAAGGCUGAAUAUUUUAACAUCAGUGCCAAAACCUAUGAAACUAAAUAAGGAAAUGAAGAACAAAAGGAAUAAGAUUAUAAUGCGUAGCUUUUCACUUGCAAAAAAUCUAUACACAACCGGCCGUGGAAAAUGUUCUUCCAAACAUUCGGAAUUUGAAAUUAUAGCUGAAUUUCUCGAGUCAAAUACAAGUUUAAGUGUGCAACAAGAGAAUCGGUUAAAGCAAAUGGGAGCAACAGUUAGGAAUGGAGGGUUAUAUGUUGAGAGAUUGAAGUUGAAUGAGGAAAGAGAAAAAAUGGCAAAUAAUGUAAUGGAGAAAAUGGCUCUGGAGCAAUUAUCUGACCUACUUUCUUUCUACCAGAAUAUGGGGAAAAUUUGUUCUCAAAUAUUGGAAAGAAAGCUAAAUGCAUGAUGUUGUCAAUUACUUCAAUUAAUUAUAUUUUUGUUAUGUAUAGGGACUCACAUCACAUCACAUGAAUCUUGGGUUGGAGGUAUGGUUUGGUAGCUAGGUGUCUUUGGAUAUCCUUUGUACAUGUUUCACCUUCUUUUUUUUCCUUCUCUUAGUGAAAGUUAUUAUAUCUUAAUUAAUCUCGAUCCUUUUGAGGUUGAAAGUAAUUUUUUUUAUAUAUAUAUAAAGCUUCUGAUUUGGU